AUGCAUAGCUUCAUUGUGAUAGGGUUGAAUCACUCAAAAACACCACAAGCACCGUACCCGGCCGCGAUAUAUGAUUUGGAAGCUGUGAUUCUCGCCAUCAUGAGUGAUCCGACACUGCCCAUCGAUCGUACACGGACUGCAAUAGGAGGUUCCUUCUCUGGCGCCACACUCGCAUUUGCCGUCGUGCAAUUGCAGAGUAUUCGACAGCAUGUUGGCUUUCAAGCAGCGUUCAGCAGCUGCGGACUGCUGGAGCUUGGGAUUGCCGCAUCAGCCAAGGCCAAGACACGUCCCUAUAAGGAGGAGCUCAGUAUUGCGCGAUCGGGAAGCGCAGACAGUCUGAAUAUGGCCCUACCACCAAUUCAAUGGAGCUAUACUCCAGAGGGGACGGAUAUGACAGAUCCCCUGUAUGCUCCGUUCUAUGCUCCAGCCAACGCCCUGCCACCUCACGUGUGCCUGGUGGCAGCUGAGCUCGACAGCUUGGCACACGACUCCUGGCGUAUGGCAUGUCGUCUUGCGGAGCGGCAGAUACCGAGCAUGAACGAGCCCGUCGGCCGGCCUAGAUCGGGGGAUGGAAAAGCCUUGAAGCUCGACGACGAGAGGUUCUCCUUUGAGCGCGUCACACUGCGGUCGAGCGGGGAGAGGAGCAGCAUCAAGUGGUUGCUCGUACCCGACGUCCUGCACGGCUUUGAUCUUCGAACCCCAGAAGCGUUACUCGGAGAUGAAUCGACCACAGAAGAUGCUCUUGAGAAGACGAAACAAAUGAUGGCUUUGCUCGGCCAGUGGCUACGGAAUACAGUUUGGUCAAUUGGGUCGCCGGCCUGGCCGGGAGACGGGAGCUGA